AUGGCUCCUCGAGUCAACGGACGUGCUGGUGACCCCAGUGUCAUCGUUGGUCUCGCUUGCCGAGUUCCUGGUGCCAACACGCCCAGCAAACUUUGGGAGAACAUUGCUGAACAACGCGAUGUUCAGCAGAAGAUGCCCGAGGAUAGGCUCAAGGUGGACAGCUUUUUCCAUCCAGAGCCUACCCACAAGGGUACCACCAACGCCCGUUUCGGUUAUUUCCUUGAUCAGGACAUCGGAAACUUUGAUGCGGGGUUCUUUGGCAUUUCCGGAAAAGAGGCUGAGGCUAUGGAUCCUCAGCAGCGUUUGCUUCUUGAAGUAGUCUACGAAGCUCUUGAGAAUGCAGGAAUCACUCUCCAAGAGAUUCGGGGCACAAUGACGUCCGUUUUUUGCGGAAGUUUCACUAAUGAUUAUAAUGCCUCGUUGACAAAGGAUCUGGAGUACUAUCCCAAGUAUACUGUGACUGGUACUGGUGACGCGAUUCUCUCAAACCGAAUCUCGUACUUCUACGAUCUUCACGGUACUAGUGUCACCAUCGACACAGCUUGCUCUUCGUCUCUCGUUUGCUUCCACCUUGGCAGUCAGACCUUGCAAAAUGAAGAAGCUGAUAUUUCCAUCGUGGUUGGGUCCGCAUUGCACUAUGACAGCAACGUGUAUGUCACCAUGACCGACCUUGGCAUGCUGUCUACGAACGGCCGCUGUGCGGCCUUUGACGCUUCUGGAAGCGGCUACGUUCGAGGUGAGGGUAUCGCUUGUGCUAUUCUCAAGCGCAAGUCUGAUGCCAUCGCUAAUGGUGACAACAUUCGAGCUAUUGUACGUGCCACAGGCUCCAACCACGAUGGCAAGAAAAACGGCAUCACCCUCCCCAACUCUGCCGCCCAGGAGUAUUUGAUCCGAUCUACCUACGAGCGAGCUGGGUUGAAUCCUAACCACACUCAAUACUUUGAAGCACACGGUACUGGAACUGCUGCUGGUGACCCCAUCGAAACUCGUGCCAUUGGCGCCGUCUUCGCCCCUGGUCGCGACGAGCCUCUGUAUGUAGGCUCAGUCAAAACAAAUAUUGGUCAUCUUGAAGGUGCUUCUGGCCUUGCUGGUGUGAUUAAAACGACAAUGGCACUUGAAAAUCAGUACAUUCCUCCGAACAUGCACUUCAAGACGCCAAACCCCAAGAUUGACUUUGAGAAUUGGAAAAUUGCUGUUCCAACAAAACUUGUCGAGUGGAAAGUGCCUGAAGGAAUUGCUCGACGAGCAAGUAUUAACUCUUUCGGAUAUGGUGGUACCAACGCCCACAUCGUCCUUGAGGAGUACACUCAAGAAGAGAGCACUCUAGCUCCUGUUGUGGCGGAGCCUGUUGCUAAUGGAGUGCAUUCUCGCCCUUAUCUUGUCCCUCUGACAUCUCACUCCGCCAAGGCCGGUGAAUUGUCUGAGGAGACACUUAAGACUUACCUCAACAACACCGAGGAUUCUACCAUUGCCGAUCUUGCGUUUAGCUUGUCUACACGACGGACUUUGCAUCAGCAGCGGUCAUUUGUUGUGGCCAAUGGCAAGACUGGCCUUGUUGACCAACUUACCACUCCGCGCCCUGCGGCCCCAUGGACUGUUGCCAAGAACUCUGUUCCCAAGCUGGGUUUCAUUUUUACCGGCCAAGGUGCUCAGUGGUUUGCCAUGGGCAGACAGCUUAUCGAGGAAUGCCCUCACUUCCGACAAAGCCUGCAACGCUGCGAUGCUAUCCUCAAGAGCCUUCCUGAUGCUCCUGAGUGGUCAAUCUUGGAGGAACUCAACAAGACCAAGGAGACAACUCUCCUCGGAGAGACGCUUUACUCUCAGACCAUCUGUACUGCUCUUCAACUCGCUAUCAUUGAUCUGAUUGAAUGCUGGGGUAUCAAACCCUCCGCCGUCGUUGGCCAUUCAUCAGGUGAAAUGGGAGCUGCUUAUGCCGCCGGUAUCCUUUCCUUCGAGAGUGCUCUCAUCGCCGCCUACUACCGCGGCCGUUACAUGUCUGCCAAUCGUACUGAUGGUGUUCCUGGAGGCAUGAUGGCUGUUGGUCUGCCUGAGAACAAGUGUCUCGAAGAACUCAAGCCUUACGCUGGCAGACUCACCAUUGCUGCGGUCAACAGCCCGUCCACCAUGACUGUAUCGGGCGACGAAGAUGCGAUUCUUGAGCUCAAAGACAAGCUCACUGAGAAGAAGGUCUUUGUUCGACAGCUGAUUGUCAAGCAGGCGUUUCACUCGCAUCACAUGUUCCCUCUGGCUCCUGCCUACGAGAGUGCCCUGAAGAACAACUCGACUUUCAAAACCAACCCGCCCAAGUGCCGCAUGUUCUCUAGCGUUACUUCUCGUCAGGCAGACUACGAAAAGAUGGGUGCCUCUUACUGGGCUUCAAACAUGGUCCAAGCCGUUCGGUUCUCUGAUGCCCUCACUGGGAUCCUUCUUGAUGAGGAGGACGAGCAGAACAUUGAUGUGCUGAUAGAAAUCGGUCCUCACCCUGCCCUGAAAGGUCCCGCGCGUCAAACGAUCCAGUCUCUCAAGCUGGAUCUUCCCUACGUUGCAUCUCUUACACGCGGUGUGCCCGACUUCGAAGGGCUUUUGAACAUGGCUGGUACCCUCUUCUCUCUCGGAUACCCAGUUGACAUCAUUGCUGCCAACAAGAACCUCAGUAAGGCUCUGGAUGGCGUAUUGGUUUCUACGUCAACUGGAGCGAAGCUUGAGAACCUGCCCACCUACACUUGGGAGCACCGUCGCUACUGGUCCGAGACUCGCUACAUCAAGGAACAUCGUCAGAGGGAAUUCAGACACGCUACUUUGGGACACAGGGUUGCCGGAUCUGUUGUACGCCACCCAUUGUUCCGUAACUACCUCCGUCUAAGCGAGCUGCCCUGGCUCAACGAGCACGUUGUCGAGAACAAGAUUGUGUUCCCUGGUGCUGGUUAUAUCAGCAUGGCUAUUGAGGCUGCUGUUCGCACUGACGAAGUUGAGAGCGUAAAGCUGAUCCACCUCAAGGAUAUUGUGGUCAAGAACGCUCUGCUGAUCCCUUCCAACGACGAAGGUGUCGAAGUCCUCCUGGAGCUCAAACCAGUCACCCUAUCCGCCAAGAGCCACUCAGACACCUGGUAUGAGUUCAAUGUCUUCUCUUAUGACGAGAACUCCAAUUGCACCAGUCACUGCCACGGACUUAUUAGCAUUGAAAAGGGUGACGCGGGGCCAAUCGAGUAUACUGCUCGGUAUGAGGAGGGCACGGCCUUCAAUGAGCUACGUAAGAAGACCUACAGGUCCAUGCCCGCUACAACUUUCUACAAGAACAUGGCAGAGCUUGGGCUUGCGUAUGGAGAAAAGUUCCGUCUCCUAAAGGGCAGCAUUGAGAGCGGUGUCGGCUUCGCGGUCUCUGAUCUCGUUUUCGAUCCCAAGGAACUACCUUCGGAUGCUGGUGAUGAGACUGUUUUGCAUCCGACACUGCUUGACUCCUUUUUCCAUGUCAUUUUCCACGCAGUUGAGAACCGUCUUGGCCGGCCACUGGAUGAGCCUUAUGUUCCAUCCUUCUUCCGAGCCCUCAAGAUUUCUGGCCACUUUUUUGACUGGAGGCACUCUACCGAUGUCAAGAGUUUCCAGGUUGGCUCAUUCACCAAGCUUCCGUCCCCACGUGUCGCUAUCAACGACAUGAUUAUGCAGAAUGAGAAGGGAGAGCUCAUGAUGGAGAUCGCUGGACUUGAGGUUACUUCCCUGGGACGAGAAGCACCAGAGGGCCAAGGUCCUCGCACUCUCUUCUACCGCCAGCGAUGGCAGCCGUCCUUUGACAUGAUGACCAAUGUCAAGGGCAAGUCUCUCUCUGAAAUUGUGGAUAUUUUCGCUCAUCAAUAUCCAAACACUUCGAUCCUCCACAUCACUUCGGAUCUUAACAAGACCCGACAAGUCAUCCAGUCGUUGGGCUCGGAGAAGGGCGAGCGUAGACGAUUCAAGAAGUUGGACGUCUGGUCGCUCCAAGGCCACGGCUUUGGCGAGGAAGCAGAGGGACUGUCCACGGCCAGCCGCAACCUGGUCAACGUAGUAGAGCCCGCUGUUGACUCCUAUGACCUCGUUGUCGUCAGUGAGUCUGGUGCCAAUGCCGUCUCCUACAUGAAGGACUCUGGCUGCAUCAUCUUCGACGGGCAGAAGGGUGCUGGCGGAGAGGACUUGCAGGAGCUCUUUUCUAGCCCGAUAUGCACUGCUCUCCGCAAGGCACCCGAGCCAUUCACGCUGAGCUCUGAGCUCUCCGUUGUCAUGCCUACCGGAAAGCCUUCGGCUCGGACCGCCAUCAUCUUGAAGGAACUGGAGGCUGCUCAUGGAGGCAAGAUCUCCUUUACUACCUUCCCAGAGCUGGCUACCCAGGGUGCUGCCUCACUAACCAAAGACGUUGUUGUGCUUGCCGGCUUCGACGAGUCCAUUUCCGACAACACCUCUUUCAAGGGUGCACAGGCUCUCCUCGUUUCCCUCGAGAAGAAUGUCAUUUGGCCAACCGAGGGCGCCACCCUCGAAGCUAAUCGUCCAGAGAAUGCCAUGUUCAUUGGUCUUGUCCGUGCUGCCCGAUCUGAGAAUGACACACUGCGUGCUGUCACAUUCGAUUUUGGCACCGAUUCUCCUGCCCAGGCUGUGGCCGUCAACAUUGUUCGCAUGCUGGACAGUAGAAUUGGCGAAGAUGAGCUGACUGAGCGCAAUGGUGUUAUUUACAUUCCCCGCGUGGAGGCUGAUGAUGAGCGCAACUGCAAGCUCAGGAACGGCCCUAACCAGGAACCACAUCUUGAGCCAUUUGGCACUUCUAAGACGCGAACUCCUCUUGCCCUUAGAAUUGGCAAGGUCGGUCUUCUUGAGACCUUGUACUUUGGUGAGGACACUCAGAUCAUGGACACCGAAAUCCAGGACAACGAAAUUGAGGUCGAGACAAAGGCAUCGUCCAUCAACUUCCGUGACGUUGCAGCCAGUAUGGGCAUCAUUGAGGACUUCAAUCUCGGCGACGAAUGUGCUGGUAUCUGCACAAAGGUUGGUGCCAAGGUGACAGGCUUCAAUGUUGGAGACAGAGUCGUUGCACUUCGUCCUGGCCAAGGCGCUCAUCGCAGCCUUGUUCGCAAUCCCGCAUCUUGGUGCUACAAACUUCCUGACACCAUGUCCUAUGCUGAUGCAGCUGCCAUGCCUUUGAUUCUUGGUACAGCUUGGUUCGCCUUGGACCAUACCGCCCGCCUCAGCAAGGGCGAGUCUGUUCUCAUUCACGCUGCCGCUGGUGGUGUUGGACAGAUGGCCAUCCAGAUUGCGCAACGCGCUGGUGCUCAUAUCUACGCUACUGUGGGUUCCCCGGCCAAGAGACAGCUCCUUAAGGAUGUCUAUGGCCUCAAAGAGGAGCAAAUGUUCUCUUCUCGUGAUGCUUCAUUUGCCAAAGGUGUCAUGGAAGCCACCAACGGCAAGGGUGUUGAUGUUGUCUUGAACAGUUUGGCUGGCCCGCUGCUCCAUGCCUCCUGGGCCUGUCUUGCUCCCUUUGGAAGAUUCCUCGAAAUUGGCAAGCGUGACAUUCACGAGAACAGCAAAAUAGCUAUGGACCCUUUCCGCCGCAAUGUCUUAUUUGCUUCGAUAGACCUUGUGACGAUGUUUGAAAAGAACGAAGCUCUUGGUGAGAGGCUCUUCAAGGAGUGUUUUGCUCUCCUUGCCAAUGGCGAAAUUCGCACACCUGCUACGAUCAAGGAGGUUCCUUACUCUGAGGUUGUCAAGGGUUUCAGAUUGCUGCAAAUGGGCAAGCACACCGGAAAGAUUGUUCUUGUCCCCAAUCCUGAGGACAUGGUCCCCGUUAUGCGCAGCGGAUACCGUGACACUAAGCUCUUCAGCCCGACGAAGACAUACCUCUUGGUCGGUGGCCUUGGUGGCCUUGGCCGUACCCUUUCUCAGUGGAUGGUCCGCAAGGGGGCCAACAAGCUGGCAUUCCUGUCUCGUUCUGGCGCAGACAAAGCUGAGGCCAAGGCUACCGUCGACUGGCUUAUUGAACGAGGCGUUGAAGCUACAGUCUACCGAGGUGAUGUCUCUAAGCUUGCUGACGUUCAAAACUGCGUUGAUCAGAUUGGAUCAUCUCUUGGUGGUGUCUUUCAAGCUGCCAUGGUUUUGCAAGACAAGCCUCUUGAAACUAUGACAUACGAACAGUGGCAACGGUGCUGUCAACCCAAGGUUGAAGGCACCAAGAAUCUACACGACGCUACCCUUGGUAUCGACCUUGACUUCUUUGUCUGCUUUUCUUCUGUCGCUGGUGUCGUCGGCUCCAAGGGCCAGGCCAACUACUCUGCUGCCAACUGUUAUAUUGAUGCCCUCAUGCGCCAUCGCCGUGAGCUCGGUCUUAGUGGUACUACCAUGAACGUUGGUGCCGUUAGCGGCGUUGGUGUUGUUGCUGAGAACGAAGAGCUUCAGAAGAUUAUGCUGAGAAUGGGAAUGGACACUAUCAACGAAGAGGAACUUCUCUACCAGCUUGAGGAGGCUGUUCUUGUUGAUAAAACCAUCAACCCUGUCACUUCUCGCGGCUGCAAUGGACACCAAAUCAUUACCGGUGUUGGUCUGCUCUCCCCGGAUGUGUACUGGGCCAACAAACCAAUUAUGAAGAACCUGUACACCAAUCAUGAUUUUGGCGCCGAAGGGGCUAGCCAGAGUUCCAAGAACCUUCUGGCGCUUCUCGCAGAGGAGCCUGAUAUUGAGAAGAAGACUGAGAUUCUUCUUGAUGGAUUCUUGGAGAAGAUUGCUGGUGUUCUUGCUACUCCUCGCGAAUCUAUCCUGCCAAGCAACCCCUUGUCCGCUUAUGGCCUCGACUCCAUCGUGGCUGUUGAGUUCCGAAAAUGGUUCCGCAAGGAGGUCCAGGUUGACAUCGCGCUCUUUGAUAUCUUGGGCGCUGCUUCCAUCAACGCUCUGGUGGCUAAGACUGCUAGAAUGGUUACCACAAGCGCUGCCAGCAAGGAGACCACCAGCGACAAAGCCGAGAAGAAAACUACCACCGAGUCUGAGAAUACUGAGGAAGAGAGUAACAUCUCUGCCAUGGCCACUGGACAGCUCACAAAGUCUCAGCACAACGGUGUUAUUCCUCUGUCUACUUUCCAGUCACGGCUCUGGUUUGUUCACAGUUUCUUGGAAGACAAGUCAUUCCUCAAUCUGCCCAUUGUUCUCAGAAUCAAGGGCAAGCCAGACUUUCCAACACUUCAGAAGGCUAUCCAGGAGAUGGCGGUCAGAAACCCAGCUCUUCGAACGGCUUAUUUCGAAGGUGACGAUUUUGCGGUUCAAGAGCCCCUCGAAGACUUUGACCUCGGGGUUGACUUCCGUGACUUGACCAAAGAAGUGGACACUGAAAAGGCUCUUCUCGAGCUCAUCAACUACAAUCGCAAGAUUGAGAUGAACGUCGAAGAAGGUGAGGUUGCCACCUACUCCCUGGCCAAGCUCGGCGAAGAGGAAUGGGUAGUGGUUGGCAUGACCCACCACAUCUCGAUUGACCGUGGUAGUCUGUUCCCUAUGAUGUCGCAGUUCGUCGGUAUCUAUGACGCUUUGCGAGCCGGUAAUGAUCUCGCAACUGUUUCUGCUCCGGAAUUCAACUAUGUCGACUUUACCCUGUGGCACAACGCUCGUCUUGCAUCAGACUUGAUGAAACCGGACCUUGACUGGUGGAAAACCACGCUUCAAGAUCUGCCUCAGUCUAGCAAGGUUCUUCCCUUCGCCAAGGGUGAACGCCCUACCCGAAGCGAUCCCCGUCGCCAAAAGGUUAAAACCAACCUCAGCGCUAAAUUAUUUGCUCGUAUGAAGCGAAUUGCUGCUCAGUCCAACGGUACCCCCUUCCAUUUUGUUUUGGCUGCGUUCCGAGCUUUCCUAUACCGAUACACCGAAGAGAAAGAUCUUAUCCUCCUCAUGGUUGACGGAAACCGGCCUCACCCUGAUACCGAUCCGCUUAUGGGUUUCUUUGUUAAUCUUGCCCCUGUCCGAUGCAAUGACGACUGUGAUGUUCCAUUUGAUCAGUUGUUCCAGGCGACAAAGUCUCGUGCUCUGGAUGCCAUGGCCCACAGCGGUGUACCCUUUGAUACAAUCGUUGAUAUCAUGAACGUCAAGAAGAGCAGCAGCCACAUGCCAGUUGGUCAAAUUGCUGUCAACUACCAGAUCCACGGACCUGUUCCCACUUAUACCACCUGCGACUUUGUUGUCGACAAUAUCGAGUCUGAUGACAUUCCCACUGCCGCAGAUAUCCAACUUGAGGCUAUUGAGACUUCUGAGCACAGCUUGGACCUCAAAGUCGAGUACUCAACUGCUCUCUACUACGAUACAGACAUGGAACGCUUCCUCGAUAACUUCAAUACCUUCCUCGCAAGCUGCAUCAAAGACCACCGUCAACCCGUUGACGAAAUCAGCAUGUGUGGACCUCUCGAAAUCGAAUACCUCAAAAAGAAUUACUGGAAUACAGAAACCAAGGACAAUCAAUGGGAGGGACAAAGUGUACUUGAUGUAAUUACCAAGAUGGCAAGACAACACCCUCAAAUUGCUGCGAUAAAAACUUCUGACUGCCGUAGCAUCACAUACAGGCAGCUGAUCGAAAGCGCGGAGAGCGUAGCCUCUGAGCUCCUCGACUCCGGCGCGAAGCCCGGUGAUAAAAUCGGGCUGAUCGCCUUGCCCGGUGUCGAGGCGGUGACCGGCAUGCUUGCGGCCCUCAUGACGGGAUCCUGCUAUGUCGCGCUCGAUACCGACUUUGCUCAUGACCGUCUUUCGUUUAUGCUUUCCGAUUCCGGCGCCAGGCUUCUCUUGGCUGGGCCAGGUCAGGACGACCUUGCUGCUGAGUUGUCGUCUAAGAUGAUAAUGGCCCCAAAGGUUAUUAGAAUCGCGGAUGCUGCUGCUGCAGGCCGGACCAUUGCUCGUCCGCGAGCUCGACAACCAGAUGACCCUUUCUACAUGAUCUAUACAUCCGGAAGCACUGGCACCCCGAAGGGCGUGGUGCUGACGGAGUCCAAUACUCAAGCCAUGUUGAGCACGCUGAACAAAGACUAUUCCUUUUCACACACCGAUAACUUUCUCGCACACACAACUACGUCCUUUGAUCUUUCUAUCGUUCAAAUUUUUGGUGGUUUGACAGCAGGAGCCACUGUUUCCGUUGCAUCUUGGGAAACACGAAAAGAUCCCGCCGCGCUCGCUGAUUUUAUGAUGAAGGAGGGAGUUACCGUCACCUAUUUCACCCCGACUCAAUUUGCUCUACUGAUGGAGUUCAACAAUGAGGCCCUUAAAAAAUGCUUCAACUACAGGGUGGCUUACUUUGCGGGUGAGCGACUGCCUGUUCGCGUCGCAAAGGCAUUCUACGACCUUGGUACACCGGCUACUCUGUACAACACUUGGUCGCCAUCCGAACUUGUUGUCCAGACCUCCAUCAGUAAGAUAAGCUAUCCUGAAGAAGGCGUUGUAAGUCUGCCUAUUGGAUAUCCCAUGGAUAACUGUCGCCAUUACCUGCUUGACACGAAAGGUAACCCCGUGCCCCUGGGCCAAAUUGGUGAACUCGUUGUUGGUGGAGCCCAAGUUGGUGCUGGCUACCUCAAUCGCCCUGAAGUCAAUGCACAGUCUUUCGUCGAAGACCCGUUUGCGUCCGAGGACGACAACAAGAGGGGAUGGAAUAGGAUGUUCAAAACUGGAGACCGCGGCCGCUUCAGACCUGACGGACAAUUAGAGUUUCACGGCCGAAUUGCAGGCGACAAGCAGAUCAAGCUCCGUGGCUUCAGAAUCGAUCUCGGUGAAGUGGAACAAGUCAUAUUCAAGGAGUCCCAGUCCCUGAAAACGGCCGGCGCUCUCAUCGACAUUGCAGUUGUGGCCCGAUCAGUUGACUCAGACGAACAACAGCUAAUUGCCUACCUUGUUCCCAAGGUCAACAUCACAAACGAGGCUGACAAGAUUGCUAUUGUUUCACACUUGCAUCGAAAAAUCAAGCCUCAUCUCAACUACUACAUGCUUCCGAACGGAUACCAGUUCCUUGCUAAACUUCCAGCAACUCUUGGUGGCAAGGUUGAUCGAAGAAAUCUUUUGGAAAGACAGCUGGAGCUUGUGUUCCCUUCAAGCGUCAUCACACAACCUGGCAAAACUGGCACGCCAACUACUGCAGCACCAAACGCAGCAAGUGAAGACUUGGAGGGCACUAUCCUUGCCCUUUUCAGAACUACUCUCGGUGGCGAGAUUGAACUGAAUGAUUCCUUCUUUGAGAGGGGCGGCAACAGUAUCCUUCUUGUUCGGCUUCAAGCCAAGGUAAAGAAGCAGUUCAAGAUUGCACCCCCCUUGCCUGCUCUCAUCCGAGAACCGACGGCGGCUGCAGUCUGCGCUUACCUGAGACGCGCCAAAGGAGGUGAUGCUUCUAAGAAGGGAGGGCUCGAGAGUGUCAUUAGCUGGAACGUCGAGACGAACCUGCCAAACACUAGCCAGUACAUCCCGCGAUACGGAAUUCCUCGAAUCGACCGCAAUGAACUCAAAUGCAUCCUUAUCACUGGAGCAGAGUCUUUUGUUGGAAUUCACCUACUUACAGAGAUACUACGAACGAAGCGAGAAGCUACUGUCUAUGUUUUAGGGUCGAUGGAGCAGCUUGAACAGCAGACUCUCAUUGAUCAACUUCAGAAGCAUGGCUUAAUCAACUCGACACUGACACUAGGUGACCUCAACGAUCGCGUUAAAUAUGUGCCCGGAUCAUUGAGUCAGCCAGGCUUCGGUCUGUCGCGGUCCGCCUUUAGGGAACUUGGCCAGACGGUGCAGUCAAUCUACCACCUUGGCGGCCAUGUCUCCCUGCUGAAGACCUACAACUCUCUCAAGCCAAGCAAUGUUACUCCUAUCUUUGACAUUAUCAAGCUUUCUGGCAUUGGGUCUCAUCUUUCCGACAUCAAUUACCUCUCCACAUGGUCCGUGGCCCAUCUUCAGACUUGGUCCGCAUCCCGAAGAACCCGCGAGAACUACGUCAUCAAGGAGGAAGACAGUUCUCAUUUCUCUCCUCCUACCGAAGAUGAAUCCGGAUACUUCAAGACUCGAUGGGUGACGGAGAAUUUGUUGACCAAGGCAGCCCAAAGAGGAUUCCCUGUCUCAAUUACACGAGCUUCCGGUAUUACGGCUGCGACUCAGGGUACUGGCGCUCCUGACCCAGGCGAUGAGUUCAUCAUGCGUAUUGUUGUGAGCAUGAUUGAAUCAGGCAUGGUGCCUCAGAUCGGCCGCAGCGACCAGCCAAGCUUUGCCGUUGACGUCGUCCCUGUUGACUGGCUGGCUUCCAACUUCUUCCUACUGACCUCCGAAAAGGGUGCCCUCGCCAAGGUUCCCCCAUCCGAGGUGUUCUCUGCACCCCGAAUUUACCACAUCACCAACCCGCUGCCGCUGCGCCUCAAAGACCUGCCCCAUAUUAUUGCUGAACUCCGAUCUGAACAAACACAAGCCAAGCUCGUCUCUCUCGAUGAAUGGCUUAGCAGCAUGGAAUCAGCGGAGGGUGAGGAUGCAGCCGGUCAAGUUGUCCGAAGUACCGUGCUGAAGCAAUAUCUUUCGACUGGAGGAGUCAUGUUCAGUUUGGAUAAUCAGAAGACUAUGGAUAUCUUGGAAACUCUUGAUCCUGGUGCGACAGCUGGCUGUCCAGCAGUGGACGCCGAGUUUCUAGGCGGGUUGUUGAAACGAUUGAAGCUAGCUGAGAAUGGAUUCAGCACGUAA